AUGUCGACAUGCCACGCGCUUCAAGUCCCGAACACACAAUGGAACCUCUGCCCCUCCACAGCUGCCUCCAUACUAUUCCUAGUACUCUUUGCAAUCACAAACAUCGCCCAUCUCAUCCAAGCCAUCCAAUACCGAUCGGGGUACUGCUGGGUCAUUAUCAUGUCGGCCUUCUGGCAAGUCUUCACCUACAUCUUCCGUACCAUUAGCAUCUACAAACCGGCUAGCUUUGACUACUAUGCGACAUGGUUCGUCGUUAUUCUUGUCGCGCCGCUGUGGACCAAUGCAUUUGCUUACAUGGUGUUUGGGCGCAUGGUAUGGUGCUACACACCUGAUGGCCGAUUGUAUGGCGUCAAGGCUUGGCAGUUCGGUUUUAUCUUUAUUAUAUUGGAUAUUAUCGCUUUUAUUGUCCAGGUUUAUGGUGCGGCGCAGGCUGCUACUGGCAAAAACAAGACACUAGAGGAGAAGCUCGAUGCCCUGCACAUUUACAUGGGCGGAGUCGGACUCCAGCUGUUUUUCAUUCUCAUUUUCGCUGUCUUCGGGAUCCAUCUUUUCCGCCGGCUUCGCAGCUCGAACUCGGGCGUAGAUUCUGGAACACCGAAAAGGUCUGUUAUGAUGCUCUUUUACGCUAUGUUUAUUGCACUAGCUCUCAUUGUACUGCGAAUUAUUUUUCGCCUUAUAGAAUACUCCCAAGGUCUUGACAGUGACAUCCCACGACACGAGGCUUACCAGUAUGCGCUAGACUCGCUACCUAUGCUGAUUGCUUUGGUAGCAUUCAACGUAGUUCAUCCGGCUCGCGUUAUGGGCAGCAAAGAGGCCAGCAUGCCAAAGUUUUGGCAGCGAAACAAAAGGCAUACCGAGAUACAGUUAGACGAGGCAUCUUGA